AUGUAUUUCUCAAUCUGGUCACAUCUCCCACACCGUAAAGAUGAUGAUUGCAAUGAUCUAAUUGAAGAAUUUCACGUGCCUAAAUUCCCUGAUACCUGUCGACUACAUUUAUCUCAAUUUCCUUUGCAUCGAAGAGAUUCAGAUCUAGAAGUCGCUACAUUUGCGAAAUUCUGCCAGACACAGAUAUCUUUUUCACAGAAAUCGGAUGGAAUGGUGUGUAAUUCUGUUGAAGAAAUUGAUGUUGUGGGUUUGGAAGCUCUUAGGAAUCAUAUGGAGUCGAAACCAGUUUGGCCUAUUGGUCCUUUACUUCCUUCAUUUUUACUGCGGCAGGGCAAUCAGAAUAAGAACAAUGGACCUCUUGUUCCUCAAUCAAGGACGGGGAAGGAAUUUGGGAUUUCUCCAGAGAGUUGUAUUGAGUGGUUAAAUCACCAAAAACCAUCUUCAGUUUUAUUCAUUUCAUUUGGUUCACAAAAUACAAUUAGUGCUCCAAAAAUGAAGGAAUUGGCUCUGGGUUUGGAGAAAAGUGGCAAGUAUUUCAUAUGGGCAUUAAAACCACCAAGGGGAUUUGAGAAUAUAUCUGAAUUCGAAUCGGAAUGGUUGCCAGAAGGAUUUGUAGAAAGAAUGAAUAUAACUAAAAAAGGGUUUCUGGUCAAAAAUUGGGCUCCUCAGUUGGAAAUACUGUGUCAUAGAUCAACAGGGGCAUUUCUUAGUCAUUGUGGAUGGAAUUCAGUCUUUGAGAGUUUGAGUCAAGGGGUACCCAUAAUUGGAUGGCCCUUAUUUGCCGAACAACCUUAUAAUUCAAAGAUGUUACAAGAAGAGAUGGGGAUUUGUGUUGAAUUGGCUAGAGGAGAUGAAACUGAGCUAUGUAGUGAGGAUGUGAAGAAAGUAAUUGAACAAGUAAUGGAUAGUAGUAAAGGAGAUGAAAUGAGGAACAAGGCAACCGUAAUUGCUGAGAAAAUUGGAGCUGCAAUGAGAGAAUAUACAGAUGACGCAGGUGGUCAUCAGAAAGGGUCUUCUAUAAGAUCGAUUGAUGAUUUUCUUGCAACAAUAACUUCUGAAAAGGAAGUCGUAUGA